AUUUGUUAAAUCAUCUGCCAGGCCAGAUACUGAUGUUGGCGGUCCAUUUUUGGCCCAUGGGCCACCAGUUGCUGACCACUGCUCUAUGACAUGUCCUCACUAAGAGAUAGAAACAAGAUUGUGUGUGUGUGUGUAUUUUCCAGGUAUUACUCAUGUUGUAGGGACCUAAAUCCUGUUUACAGUCUCUCUCCCUCAGUAGCAGCAGUGUUGCUCACACUCACGCUCACACCUACUUGGACAAACCCCUCACUGACUGAAGAUCAUGUGAUCAGCGAGUUCAUAAGCCUGACCUAUGGCUGGUGUCCAGUGCCUCUGUCUGCUGUGAGUGUGAGUGUGAGUGUGAUAGUGAGAGCGUGAGGUCAGAUGCACCAGUGGCCUGUAGCCACAUUUGGCAGCAGGACAGACACUACUCCAGGGACAAUGGGACAAGAGGAAAGCCACAACGAGGAGAUGGACCUGGCCCAAAUUCAGGAGCUGUGCAUCGUCUUCAUGAAGGAGUGUCCGAGCGGCGCCCUGCACUUGCACGAGCUGAGGAGGAUAUUUGGGGUGUCGAGCACGUCCGCAGAGGAGUCCCUUUACAUCGAGACAGUGUUCCACUCAUUUGACACAAACCAGGACAAUGCACUUGAUUUCCUCGAGUAUGUCGCCGCACUUCACCUGAUUUUUCGUGGAAAUCUCGAGGAUCGACUCAAGUGGUCCUUCAAGAUGUACGACAAGGACGGGAACGGGAAGUUGGACAAGCAGGAGGUGAAGCGUCUCAUUAGGAUCCUUUACAAAAUCAAGCUGCAGACAAAUGAUGUCAGCAUGUCUCCGUCUGAGAUCUGUGACAGGAUCUUUGAGCUGGUCGACCAGAAUAAUGACGGUCAGAUCACGUUGUCUGAAUUCAUGGAGGGAGCUCAGAAAGACCAGUGGGUCAUGAACAUGUUAAAGCUGGAUGUCAACGUCACCGGCUGGGUCAACCAGAACUGCCUGAAACAAUCCUGAGCCGUCGGUUCACUGCCCUACACGCGCUUGGCGUGAUGCAGACAUAGACAUCAUGUUUAAACACCACUUUUACUCCGAGCUUCCUGUGACUCACAGCUGGAGCGCAGUGACCUUUUGUCACGAACACAUUUGCGUCGGGAUUUUUGACAGUCGGUCCAAGGGUCCAGAGUCGUUGCUGUCCGCACGUGGUUUGUGUUGGCACUGAGGUGACGUCUCAAUCACAGGAGACACGUGACUCACACAGAGACAAUCAUAUUGUGUGCGUGUACAUAUAUAUAUGUAUAUAUAUAUAUAUAUAUAUAUAUAUAUAUGAUUACAUGUUUCCUUAUUUGGGAUUAUAACUUUUUAUGUGCAUUUUAUUUUUAUUAUUGCAGUAAAGACAUAUAUUUUGGCUGCAAUUCUUCUGCCACACCAAUCACACACGCCUGAGUGAAAUGACUGUUCAUUGUAAAAGUCAACAUAAACUUUCACAAUUUUUUACUGAAAAUUCAUUGCAUUGCGCAGUUAUGAUAAUUAGCAGCAUGUCAAGUUCUCCACUUUUUCCUCACUUUUGUUCUCCCAUCAAUCAAAUUUGUUUGUCUUGGAAGGCUGAGUUUUUUGUUGUUGUUGUUGUUGUUUUACACAAUUAUGCUUUCAACCAUCUGCCAUUUCUGUCAGAAGUGACAGCUAUUCAUUGUUUUGAUUACUGUGUGAUGCAGUCCUAUUGUGCCACAAGUCGGAUUACAAUUUCCUUUGCUGAAAAAAUGCAUCCUGGUGGCCAAGAGAAAAGCGUAGUGAACGCAAGACUUCAGUUAAUCAAUAUAAAUGUGGAUUUGUCAACCCUGGGAUGAAGAGAUUACCUUGAGUAAUCUGUGACCGACAAAGCUAACGCAGCUGUUUGUUUAUCAGUUUAUACUGUACACAUUUUUCUAAUAUGGGUUUGUAUAUGGAGACAUUUGUGAUUUUUGUUCAUUUGAACAUUGAUUCAGGUGUCAGUAUUAAAAGAUGUUGUGAUGCUGUGAACAACAACCUGUAGACAUAUGAGAUGUCAUGCUCCUGCUCAUGAGACACCAGGAGAAAAAAGGUGUUUUUGAAUCCACUUGUAAACCAUUCACUCUAAAAACAAAAAAGGGAAUUGAGUAGAAAGUAGAGUAAUAGUACAUAUAGAAUAAUAUAGAAUAUAUAGUUACCGCAUAGUACACGAACGUAAUUAUUUUCACCAUUCAGUCCGUCCAUCAACUAAUCAGUGUUAAAGGACGAGGAAAGAUCUGAAUGUCCUGCUCGUAAAUUGGCUUCAAAAUGAAUCUUCAGCAUCUCGAUGUUAGGGCAAAAUCCCACACACACACGGAGACACAUUCACUUUCUGAGAUUCACUCAUAUUACUUUGUUGACAGGAAGGCACAGCAGAAGGUGAGCUGAAGGCCACAGUCUUUAUGUUUUCAGGUUUCUGUAUAGUUGCAAAAUACAAUAUAGCUUAUCGGGGGAAAACAUUGAAAAUCUCAUUUUUUUCUGCUUGUAUAUAUUAAAUAAACGUUCCAAGGAUUUUACAAAUUACAAUUUUAAGUUUUUAUUGCAUUUCAUAGUGUGCCGUGCUGGGAAUCGUUCUGUUGGACUCAUGGAUCAAUUAAAUCAUUCUUUUGGACCAAUGGUCUGACGUUGCUGUGACCUCAGACCUCAACCGUCUUUUCUAUGUCUGGAGAGUGUCUUUGAAAAUGUGACACAAAUGUUCACCUGGACUCGAGGGUUAAGUGUUUUGAUUGGUGGGGCUAAAGGUCAAAGGUCCCAGGUCACAAAAUACGUCUUUGGCCUCUUUUUGAAACAUUUGGUCAGAGGAGGCAAACGACCACUCGGUGUUGAUUCUAGUUUUGACACGUAUUAAGACAGAGAAAGUUUAAUCUCAUUAUGACUUCCUUGUAAAAUAAAGGUUAAUGGAGAGUC